AUGUGGAUAAUAUGCUUGUUGUGUGUACUUUUUUCAAUUUUAUUUAUAGUUAGGAAGUUAUAUUUAAAAAAAUAUACAGUACAUAAAAAUGUCUGUGUUGUUGUUCUUGGAGAUUUAGGUAGAAGUCCUAGAAUGCAAUAUCAUGUAAUGUCAUUUGCAAGAGAAGGUUUUACAGUAGAUUUUAUAGGUUAUUCCGGUUCAUGUCCAUUAAAAGAAAUACGUGAAAAUGCUCAUAUACGUAUUUACUAUCUUCCACCUCCGCCAGAUAUAUGCAACAAUUUUCCUACUCUUCUGCGUUACAUUAUAAAAACUUUGUGGCAAACUAUUACUCUUUUAUGGGUCUUACUACAGAAAAACAUAUCAACUCAUUUAUUGCUACAGAAUCCACCAGCAAUACCAACAUUUCCAAUCUGUUGGUUUUAUUGCUUUAUAACAGAUUCACAACUUGUGAUUGAUUGGCAUAAUUAUGCACAUACUCUUAUGGCAUUAAAUUUGAAAAACGAUCAUUUAUUAGUAAAAUUUUCAAAAAUAAUUGAAAUGUUUUUCGGUUCUAAAGCACAAAGUAAUUUUUGUGUUUCAAAAGCAUUAAAAGAGGACUUACAAGAAAAAUGGAAUAUCAAGGCCAAAGUAUUAUAUGAUCGCCCACCAAAUAAAUUUCAUUGCAUAUCAUUAAUAGAGAAACAUACAUUUUUAUUAAAAUUAAGUGAAAAAUAUAAUGUAUUUAAAGGUCUAGGAGAAAACUCGACUAUUUUUACAGAAUAUAUAUCAAAUGAAGUACAUUUGAAAUCUAAACGACCUGGCUUUAUUGUAUCUAGUACCAGUUGGACUGAAGAUGAAGAUUUCUCUAUAUUAUUAAAUGCACUGCAAGACUAUGAAAAUGCAGUCAAUAAAAAUAUUUGGAAUCUUCCUAAUUUAAUUUGUGUAAUAACUGGAAAAGGUCACUUAAAAGAAUUUUAUAUGGCUAUAAUAAAAUUGAAGAAUUGGAACCACAUUAUAAUUCUAACACCAUGGCUUGAAAGCGAAGAUUAUCCUAAGAUGUUAGCCAGUGCAGAUUUAGGUAUUUGUCUUCAUACUUCGUCUAGUGGUAUGGAUUUACCAAUGAAGGUUGUGGAUAUGUUUGGAUGUGAACUUCCAGUUUGUGCAUACAACUUUAAAUGUUUAUUAGAACUUGUUAAACAUAAUGAAAAUGGCAUGGUCUUUUCAAAUUAUCAAGAAUUAGCUGCACAAUUAAAGUCAUGGUUUGAAAACUUUCCUAACAAUGCUACUCAACAUGAAAUGAAUGAGAGAUUCCGAAAGGAACUUCACAAGUUUCAAGAAAAUCGAUGGCACGACAAUUGGACUUCCACUGUGUUAUCUUAUUUUAACGAAUGACUUAUAAAUUGUUUGAAAAUUGUGUAUGAUUACAAUACUUAUUUAUGGUAUUUACAAUCAUUACUGUUUA